AUGAGCGACCAUCAACCCCGCCAAGGCCGCCGCGACUCUCCGGUCGACGAUCGCGAAGAAUAUGUUCCGUACGUUAGCUGUGCGUCGACUUCUGCCGCGUCAAAGCUGCAAGCGCAGUAUAUCCCAACUCAGUUUCCACCGGGACCUCAGCCUCCACUGGGAGCCGUGAGAUAUGUCCCUCCCAUGGCGAACCAGUUUCCCGCGCACAGCGCUUCUGGCUACAUCGAGGGCUUGUAUUCGACAUUUCCAACGCAUUACACCAGCUUUCCUCUUGCGGCAAGUGCUCCCCAGCCCUAUGAUCAAUUCGACAAUACGAGUUACAGACCUCCUACUCCCAAGAUCGACCAGUUCACCACCGCCGCGACUUUGUUUUCACGUGUUUCCACCCCAGACUACGAGCGAGAAUUCGACAACGAGCCUAUCGAUACUGUGCCAAGAAGUGUGAACGGUUCUUCGAUCCCUCCGCCCGCAAAGGGCUCGGGCUCAUUUCAUACCACUCCUGAGGUUCCCAGACCUCCGCCUCCUAGCCCGGAAAACUUUCAUAUCCCUUUGAAGUCACUCAAAUUGAACGACCUACGCUCGUCGGCUUCGAUUGGCUAUCCUGCUCCCGGAGAUAAGAGUGCCGCGUGCCAACUCUGCGACUGGCACGGCCACACUGCAAAGACCUGUCCGCUGGGCUCCGACAAGAAAAACAACAAGCAACCUAGCAAUGAUGCCGUCUUCGCAAACAAGGAACAGAACGAGUAUCAGGAUCUUGCGCGAAACCCCGAAUAUGUCCACAAGCAGCUGGGAAAGGAGGAACACCAGGGCCAGUGGCUCUGCAUCAAGGCCAUGUGCGACAAUAAGUGGGAGGGCCCAGUGUCCAUGGCAACCAGAGAAAUCGACUGCAAGUACUGCAAGAAGAACCUCGCUGGUGAUCCGGUCACCCUUUGCUACCAGAUCAAGCCCAGAGACGGCCGAGUCGCACUGUAUCGGGAGGUGGGUACCUUGAGAGCUUGA